AUGAUAGAUUCCAAUUCCUCAGCAGAAAUAAUUUCCAGCAACCAAGAUCUUCUCAUCCAAAUCCUCAUAAGAUUACCAGCAAAACCUCUUAUCAGAUUCAAAUCGAUAUCCAAACGCUGGUUUUCCCUCAUUUCCUGUCGUCAAUUCUGUAGCCUCCACACGCUCCAAAAUCCCAACAAAACAACUUCAGGCCUUUUCUUGCGCAAAUCAUUUCAAGAAUUCCAAUUCCUAUCUUACGAAAAUUCCAAGAGUUCCAAAUCCGUACCUCCCUUCACUUCUCUUGACUUCACCAACGACCCUGCCGGCAUCAAGAUUUUGCAGUCUUGCAACGGCCUGCUCCUCUGUUCAAGUUUAUUCACAAUGGGCACAACUCGUAGGUACUAUAUCUACAACCCUACUACUAAGCAAUUCUCGACACUUCCUACGAUUCUUGACGCAACUUCUUCAACUAUUUUGGGCAUGAACUUGGCAUUCGAUCCUUCUAUAUCUUUCCAUUACAAAGUUAUUUGCAUUAGAAGCAUGCCCACUUCAAUAUAUUAUCAUCAGAUUGUGGAAUAUUACUCUCAAGUUGGUUCUUGGCAUGUUUGUGGAUCACCUUUUGUUGGCCCACAUGAUAUGGUGUUUGAUAAUGGGGUGUUUUGGAAUGGUGCAAUGCAUUGGAUUGGUACAGCUGGGAAUGUUAUGUGCUAUAAUGUUGAUAGACAAUGCUUUGUUUCAAUGCCAAAACGUCCAUUCUUGGAGGGCAGGGGAAAGAAGAAGUGUAGGUAUUUUGGUGAGUCUGGUGGGCACUUGUUUUUGAUAGAAUUUUAUGGUUCUUGUGCUAGUAAUUUCAAGGUUUUUGAGAUGGAGAAGGAUUCUUCUGAGUGGGAUGUUAUGUGCCAAGUGGAUUUAAGUCAUGUUUUGCAAGAAUUUCCUGAAAUGGCUAGGAGUCACCAUGCAUUUGUUGUGCUUUGUGUAGUUAGAGGAGAAGGGGAAGAAGGUUCACCAUUAGUCUUGCUGCAUAUUCCUGGUAAGGUGAUUUGUUAUGACCUGAAGGAGAAAACUUGCAAGAAAGUUUAUGAGUUAGGUAUUUGUGGCAAUAGCAAUAAAGGUUCUUUGCAAUUUGGAUGGUUUGAUGCUUACCCAUUUGUGGAGAAUCUGGCCUGUGUAUGA